AUGGAUACUUGCCCAGGAGCUGGCGGGACUUGUAGAGAGGGCUUUAAACUAGAUAGGAAGGGGGAGGGGGAUAAAGCCAGGCCUGCUAGAGAGCAGCCUGGGGAAGUGGCCAAUGGCAUCCUGGAUUGCAUCAGAAACUGUUGCAAGCAGGAGCAGAGAGGUGAUUGUUCCCCUAUAUUCAGCACUAGUGAGGCCGUACCUCGAGUACUGUGUCGUUUUGGGCCCCUCACUGCAAGAAAGAUAUUGAGGCUGGAACGUGUUCAAACAAGGGCAACAAAGCUGGUGAGGGGUCUGGAACACAGGCCAUAUGAGGAGAGGCUGAACGAGCUGGGAAUGUUCAGCCUGGAGAAGAGGAGGCUCAGGGGAGACCUCAUUGCUCUCUAUAACUUCCUCAAGGGAGGUUAUAGUGAGCUGGGGGUCAGCCUCUUCUCUCGUGUCAUUAGUGAUAGGACCAAGGGGAAUGGUUUCAAGCUACGGCAGGGGAGAUUCAGGCUGGACAUGAGGAAGUAUUACUUUUCAGAAAGGGUGGUCAGGCACUGGAAUGGACUGCCCAGGGAGGUGGUGGAAUCACCGACCCUGGGGGUGUUCAAGGAAAGACUGGAUGUUGUGUUGAGGGACAUGGUUUAGUAGGAGCUAU